CGAGGCCGCCGCGGCCCCUCCCCCGCGGGCCGCUCCGCUCGGGGCUCGCCGGGCGCGAGAGUUUCGCUCCCGGGUGGGAGAUGCCGGGCGGGAUCCGUGUCCUCGCAGAUUUUCAACCAACAUAAUGCUGAAGCUCUCAGCUUGGAACAAGCAUUUUACAGAAUGGCACAAACAGAACCUAAUCUGGACCAUGACAUAUCAUGGUUCCUCCUUCCAUCAUACUGGGCUAAAAUGGUUGUGGCUUUAAUUUCCUUCCUCUGCUUUGCUAACAGCUAUGAUGGAGAUUUUGUCUUCGAUGAUUCUGAAGCCAUCAUCAAUAAUAAGGACCUCAGGGCAGAAACCCCACUUGGUGACCUGUGGUAUCAUGACUUUUGGGGUAGCAAACUCAGCAGCAAUACCAGUCAUAAGUCAUAUCGACCACUAACUGUCCUAACUUUCAGAAUUAAUUACCUUCUUGCUGGAGGCUUCUACCCGGUUGGUUUCCAUGUCAUCAAUAUAAUACUGCAUUGUACUAUCUCAGUGUUGAUGAUUGAUGUGUUCUCAAUAUUACUGGGUGGACUGCAAUUCAGUAAUAAAGGAAGACGGCUAAACCUGGCUCCAAAGUCCUCUCUUCUAGCUGCCUUGCUCUUCGCUGUACAUCCAGUGCACACUGAAUGUGUUGCUGGGAUUGUUGGCAGAGCAGACCUACUGUGUGCCCUGUUCUUUUUGUUGUCAUUCCUUGGCUACUGUAAAGCCUUUAGAGAAAAUAAAGAAGGACAUACAUUUUCUAUACUCUGGGUGCUGGUGAGUGUUAUCCUAGGUGCAAUAGCCAUGCUGUGCAAAGAACAAGGAAUUACAAUACUGGGUUUGAAUGCAGUGUUUGAUGCACUAGUGAUUAACAAGAUAAAUCUUUUGGAGCUUAUUCAAAAGUUACUACAUAAGGACAAGUCGUUGGAGAAUGCUGGGCAGUUAAGGAGGGGGCUGCUUUUCAGGAUAACUCUCCUGAUGUCUGGAGGGGCCAGUAUACUUUAUAUACGCUGGAGGAUUAUGGGCACAGGGCCACCGGCUUUCACUGAAGUAGACAACCCAGCUUCAUUUGCAGACAGUCUGUUUGUGAGAGCUAUAAACUAUAAUUACUACUAUUCGCUGAAUGCAUGGUUGCUGUUGUGUCCCUGGUGGCUAUGUUUUGAUUGGUCAAUGGGCUGCAUACCCCUCAUUAAAUCCGUCAGCGACUGGAGGAUAAUUGCACUAGCAGCACUUUGGUUCUGCCUAAUUGGUCUGAUAUGCCAAGCUCUGUGCUCAGAAGACAGCCAUAAGAGAAGAAUCCUUACACUGGGACUUGGAUUUCUUAUUAUCCCUUUUCUUCCUGCAAGUAAUCUGUUCUUCCGAGUGGGAUUUGUUAUUGCAGAGAGAGUCAUCUACCUCCCCAGUAUUGGAUAUUGUAUUCUCUUUACAUAUGGAUUUAGUCUCUUGAGUAAGCAAGCCAAGAAAAAGAAAAUUCUUGCUGUGGCAGUAUUUGGAAUCUUGUUGAUAAAUGUUAUGCGCUGCGCAUUCCGCAGCAGUCAGUGGAGAUCAGAAGAACAGCUUUUUAGGAGUGCACUGUCUGUGUGCCCUCUGAAUGCAAAAGUGCACUACAACGUUGGCAAAAACCUGGCUGACAAAGGAAAUCAAAGUGCUGCAAUCAAAUACUACAGAGAAGCUGUAAGGUUGAAUCCGAAAUAUGUGCAUGCCAUGAACAACCUUGGAAAUAUUCUGAAAGAAAGAAAUGAGCUCCACGAAGCAGAGGAGUUGCUGUCCUUAGCUGUACAAAUACAACCUGAUUUUGCUGCUGCAUGGAUGAAUCUAGGAAUAGUACAGAACAGUUUAAGAAGAUUUGAAGAGGCAGAGCAAAGCUACUGGACAGCAAUUAAACACAGGAAAAAAUAUCCAGACUGUUACUACAAUUUAGGGCGGUUGUAUGCAGAUUUGAAUCGCCAUAUAGAUGCAUUGAAUGCAUGGAGGAAUGCUACUGUCCUGAAACCAGAGCAUAGUUUGGCUUGGAACAAUAUGAUAAUAUUACUUGAUAACACAGGCAAUCUAGCUCAAGCAGAAGCAGUUGGAAGAGAGGCCCUGGAAUUAAUACCUAAUGAUCAUUCCCUUAUGUUUUCAUUGGCAAAUGUACUGGGGAAAUCACAAAAAUAUAAGGAAUCUGAAGCUUUGUUCCUCAAGGCAAUUAAAGCCAAUCCAAAUGCUGCCAGUUAUCACGGUAAUUUGGCCGUGCUUUAUCAUCGCUGGGGAAAUCUUGACUUAGCAAAGAAGCACUAUGAAGUCUCUCUGAAGCUUGAUCCUACGGCACCUGGAACCAAGGAAAACUACAACCUCUUAAGAAGAAAACUGGAGCAGUUGCAAAAGAAAGGCGGUGCCUGAUGUUCCUUUCCAGGUUGUCCGUGCAUGCUGUUUACGACUAAUGUUACAUGGCUGCUUUUGACCAUGUACAGGAUUCAGUCAUUAUUUCUCAAAAAUGAUAACACCACCAGCACCACACACUUGAAUGUCCAGUUUUGCCCUCCUACAGAUCCUAACAUUUCAGCUUGGGGGAUCAUUUUAUUUUUACUCUUGAACUGCUUUUAAAGUCCAUUAGAACAUUUUUAUAGGUAUAUGAAAGCAAUGCAGAUGGAAUUUCACAGCAUACAUUUGUCACAUGAAGAUAUCAAAUGACAUUUCAGUAGAAGGAUGAAUAGCAGAAGGUGGUUUUAUUUCUGAAAGUGAUACUUAAAAGUGCAAUUUCCUGUUUGAAUCCUGAUCUUUUCAAGUAUAAAUAAUAUCUGUCCAGUUUUAUUACUGCCUUCUACUGCCAGUCCUGCAGAGCCAGUGAAAAAAGGAUUCUCUCCAUCACAUCAGUCUACUCAUACAAUUUUGGUUACGUGCCCUUAUGCUUGUUUCUGUCUCAAGCCUGUGAAGUGUUGGAUUUGUACAGGAGUAAAUAAGGGCAAAGAUUUGACCAUAAAUGUCUGUCAGCCAGUGUACUACUGAGGUAUGCUUGCGUGUAGAAAAUACUCUUAGAUUAAGACGGAGAUUUUAGCAAGCAGCAAAGGGAAAUGAAGUGUGAGGCAACAGAGGAAUCAGCUAGAGUUUCUGUUCCUGCAGGCAGCCUCAUCUAGUAUAGACAACAUGGGCAACAGGUCAGAAUCGCUUUAGCUCCUGUGGCAGGUCAGUGGUCUAAAUACAGUAUAGUGUCUGCAGGAGCUUAAUUGCCGUGUUCUUAGGCAUUUCAGUGCUUUCUGGUUAAGGACAUUACACCUGGCAGCUGGUGAAUAAAGAGGUAAUUUCUGUGACAAAGUAACUGUGCAGAAGAUCUGACCUUGGCUGUUGAUCUAUUACCUGGAAGGAACGUGGCUCACCUUUGUCUCCCAUGGCUUCUGUGUUUGCUGAAGGGGCAGAUGAAUAAGCAUAGCUGUUAAUGCAUAAACUGAGCACAUCAAUGUGGGAUUAUUCAGAGAUGGUAUAUGUUGAUACCAUGUUACCUCUCAAAAGGGGCUAUGCUUUAAUACAUGUUUGAACUCUGGCUGUCCAGAGUUGUUUGUCAUGUGCUAAUAUUUACAUUCCUGUUUCAGGAAGUAGUCACACGUCUGUGUAUUUGUGGUGGUUGUUUUUUGGGUUUUGUUUGUUUGUUUGUUUGUUUUGGGGGGGUUGUGUUGGGAUGGGUUGGUUUCUUUGUUUAAGAUUGAAAGUUUGCUAUUAAUUUUGAAAACUAAGGAACUUUCCCUCUCUUUUCAUAUUCCUUUAUUCUUUCCAACCAUGUCCCCUGGAAGAAAUUGAUCAGUGCAGUAUUUGCAGCUUUCCUAAUUAGUCCAAUGAUUAUUGUAUAGGAGAUUGUGUAAUGUUCUCCAUACACAACUCAUCUACGUGUGGAACCAUUUAAAGUCUCUGAUAAGUUCCUGCCAUAGGGCAGGAUGUUGUGUGACCUUCUCAUCUGACCACCAUAUAACCAUUCUACAUCUAUAAUAUGAUUUGAACCUACAAUAGGCUGCUUUUACAUUAUAAAUUUGCUUGGAAAUGACAGUUGAUUCAAUAACUAAGUGUGUCUACAGAGCACAUUGCAAUACUGCAGAGCUACCAAAGCAUCCUCUGGCAAAGCUAGUUCAGGUACUACAAGCUGUGCAGCUACUUUAAUGUAAUAUUUUUGCCAGACUAGCUGUAAAUCUAGCCAGCAAGGCUGUUGCAGUGGGGUGCUGUCCACAAAUUUGGCUUUGAAUGAACUAAUCUGGCUAUGUUAUAUAGUAUGCUGCUGUACUGGUUUUGGUCGAGAUACCAGAGGCAUGUAUGUGUGUUCCUCUCCUGCAAAUACAGCCUGUUUCUCAGCAGGACUAAUUCGUUCAUAUAGGGUACUAAGUUGAUACAAUUGUUUCCAUUUCUUCUGGUUUCUAGACAGAAUUUUCAGAAAGUAGUUUCUGAAUAUAUUUGCAGGAUAUAAACAUGCUCUAUGGUAAGCAUCUGGUAAGCAGAACACUGCACCAGUAUGGCUAGUCAUCUUCUGAUGACCACCAUAGUUUAGCCAGUGCCAACUUUUGUAUCUGAAAGGUGCUGAAAUAGGUACACUCUUCAGUACAAACGGCAGGCUUUUAAGGCUUUCCAUACAUAGCCCACUUUUCAUUGAUAUUGAGAACAUGAGGAAUUGAAGAGUUAGGGUCUGGCUGGGUGAGCUAAUUUAUAGCUGAAGAUAAAUGUGUUUAAUAUAAUCAGGGUUUUUCUGUAUAUUUGGAAAAAUACAUCCUGAGCUUAAAUUAUUAUUCUCAUCAUAAAAUCCACAUGUGUAGUUUUCCCUGUUGCUUUCCAUAUUAGCUUUGCAAAAAUCCAGUAGAUCAAUAUUAGGUAUGGGGUAUGAAUUCUUUCUAGGUCAUUAUAAAACAAAGCUGUUGUAGAAAUUCCUCUGUGGAAGUCAGUUUGUCCUUCUACUCAAGAGUUUUAGAUGGAAGAGACAGACAAACAAAUUGGAUGUUUUGUUAGUAUUUGAAAAUGGUUUUUAUUUUCCAGUACAGACAACAUGAUUUCUUCUUAAUUAGCUUUCUGGCUAGUUGUAUAUAUUUUUGUGAGGGUUUAUUUGUUUUAUAUAAUUUUCAGUUCUAUAGAAAUGUGAUUGAUUACUUGUAUGAUGGUAAUAAGAAGGAUACCCUUACAUCUGAGUGUAAUGUUGAGGCAGAAUUGUGUUCAGAAGAAGCCACAAAGAUGACUGUAAAAUUUCCUUAAGACUUUCAAGAAUACUAAAUAUUUUUUUACUUUAUUUUCAGAAAUAUUUUGAAAGUGCAAAUAAUACAGUGGGGUUUAUUACAAUGGUUAUAAUGCUAACCUUUUGCUUGGUUUUUCAUACCUCAUAACUGACUCCUGGAAUAGUGCAGAACACUCAACCCUGAAGAGAGAAAGGUGAAGAAAAAUUGGGUUUGUACAUAACUGUUGUUACAAACAUUGUCUGUCUUUCUAGCUGGAUUUUUUUCCCAUUGCUAAUUACAGAAGAUUAAAGUUUCCUUAUCAGCUGGCCUGCUUGACUCCCUAGGGAAAUUAAGAAGCCUGGUUACUUUUUUCUUCUUUUUUGUUUUGAAAGAUUGCUUGUUCAAAUACAGUUCCGAGGAGAAAAAUACAGAAUGAUUCAAUGCACAGUAUGGAGUCUGAAAAAUAGUCACAAUGAUUGCUAUGGAUGGCAGUCUCUUUUCACCAAAAACUUCUAGCCGAGUUCCCAAAUUGUAUGUUUCUCUCAUGUCUAGACCAAUGCCAUGUACAUGAAGUUUCCUGUUAUUUAAUGUCAUACUUAGUAUUUAAACUUUAGAGAUGUGGAUUGUGUGUGUGUUUAUGGGCAUUGAGAAAUAAAAAUCUUUAAUACUUUUGAAUGGUUUCUUAAAAAUAUUGGGCCUAUUCACUGGGAACUUGUUUCCUUCAUAUUUGAGAUACCCGCAUCUGAGCUAUUCAUCCUAGUUUCUCUGUAUAGCCACUGGAGGGGGAACAGGUAAUGUGAACUAUGAUUCAUCUUCUAAAGGAAGCACCUUUAGGAUGUGAGGAGUCAUAUACUUGAACCAGGUACUCAUCUUCACUAACUUCAAAGGGUAACUAAGGUGAUCAGCUCAUGUACAUGAAGAAAAUCUCCCUUGAUGCUUUCAGUAGAAGUAAUCUGGUCCCAUACACCUCUAGCAUUCUCAUACGUUAUUGGCCCCAAGAAUGUUAAAAGACUGGCAUUGAAGCAAACUGGCAGGUACUUGCCUUGAGAGUUGGAGAGUUAUAGUAGCUCGAUGAGGGAAUGGGAUAAAACAAAUUAGGAUGACUUUGAUAAAUUUACAUGACUGAUAAAGCAAUGAACAUCAGGUCUCUGUGUAUGAAAACAACAUUCAGGUCCAGUUUGAUUUGUUUCUAUCUUGUUUAUGUUUCUGUAAUAAAUGGUAACAACUUCUUAUUGAAAUGACUUUUGGCAUCCUUCAACUCCAAAAAGCAAUCUAAAGCAACUGUAAAUUUGCAAAGGUGAGAUUUUUUUUCUUAAAUUGAAGUUGCUAUUUCAAGCUGUAGCUGUUAGAAUGUUAAAUGCAAUAGCAUAGCCCAUUUCAGUACGGUGAGGUUUUUUAAUUUCAAUAUCUUGAUAUUUAUUUGCUGGUUCCUGCCUUUGUUCCCUAUUUCAUGUGAGCAUUGGUACAUUUACAUACCUGUCAUUACAUGUAGAUUCCCAAGUGUUUCUUGGCUUGGCCCUUUCACUAAGUAGCGCUUCCACAGCUCUUGGUAUGUCUCUACCAAAUAUCCGUUUAUGAGGGCACAUUUAACUCAAAAAGACUAAAAUUUACUAGAAACAAAAGUGAGAUUACAUGGUUAGAUUUCUGCAGUGUCAACACCGAGGGAGCCAAACUUCUGUCAUGUACCACCAUAAGCAGCAGGUGCCACUAAUAAUGGGCACUUCAGACUCUGUACUGGACUGCACGAUAAUGUGAAGUGGUUAUACAUAGGCGUAAUGUUAUAAACACAGCAACUUGGACUCUGUGCUGUAAGGAAAAAGGACCAUAUAGCCACUCCAAGGAAGAGGAUGUGCACAGCUGCACGGGCUGUCAAGCACUGGAGGACGGAUGACCUUUGUAUUAGAAUGCUGCACUGCAGUGUUGUGGCAUGGGUGUUCAGUGUGUGUCAGUAAUGAUACAUGUCAAGUGGUUCAGGGGGUUUUUAAACAAUUUUUUUUGUUAGGAAAAAAUCUCUACAGGUAUUGUGUAGCUUGUGAUUUCUGAGUUGAACUUUUUUUAUGUAGUGUUAAUCAUUCAGAUUGGCAAUGGUAUGUUCCAAUUUAUUUUCAGCUGAGCAAGAAGUAAAUACAUUUGUAAUUAAGCCAUGAAAUAAAUCUGCAUUUUGCUAUCUUUUUUUUUGACAGAUUUUAA